UGCAUGGACGUCUCCAAGUGUAAAGCUCAUCUUAGUUUCAACAACGAAACGACAUCAGUCUCCGCAGCGCCAGCAGCAUGGCUUACUUUGACAGCAGCUGCCACUGCAGCAGCGAGAGGAGACAGAACAGCAUCCUGUACAGCAUUUUAAAGAACGACAGUCAGUCUGCGCAACUUGGGAACCAGCCGAGGACCCCGAGGCUCGCCGUGUCCAUGCGCGCUUGUGCGUGCGGAUCCAAGAGGAAGGUCUCCCUGCGCUCCCCUCAGACCACAUGCAAAGCCGCCUCCGCGGUUCUGGUGAAGACCCUGAAGUUCGUAAAGAACGUGCCGUGCUUUCGGGAGUUGCCGGUGGAUGACCAGCACACGCUGGUGCGGAGCGGCUGGGCGCCGCUGCUGGUGCUCGGGAUGGCGCAGGACAGGAUCGACUUUGAGACCUCGGAGGCGCCCGAACCGAGCAUGCUACAGCAGAUUUUAACGAGCGGACAGGACAAGCAUGAGAACCAGAGUAAUGUGAACGCUGGAGUGGCGUUGACUGAUGUUCAGGGUAUUAAAAUGUUUCUGAGGAAAUGCUGGGGACUUGAUAUAAGCACUAAGGAGUACGCGUAUUUAAAAGGAGCCAUUCUGUUCAACCCAGAUAUUGCAGGGCUGCAGUGUCAACAUCACAUCCAGGCUCUGCAGAGCGAGGCAAACCAAGCACUUAAUGAAUAUGUCAGAAUGAUUCACCGCGGGGACAGUGCAAGAUUCGCCAAACUCUUCCUCGCACUCUCCAUUCUGAGAUCCAUCAACGCCAACGUGGUGGCCAGUCUCUUCUUCAAACCGGUCAUCGGAGCGGUCAACAUGGAAGAACUGCUUCUGGAGAUGUUUUAUGGAAAAUAAAACGGACAUAAUUAAUCAGAGCUUGGGAGGAGGGGCAGUCAGGAUGGACAGACUAUGAAAAUGACUGAUUUCUUUUUACACAUAAUAUUUUUGUACGUUACACAAGAGCUCUCUCUUUGCCUUCUGAGCUGAACUCACCGCUGAAUCCAAAGUUGAUGACGACGUUUUUUUCCAUUUGGGGAAAGAGCUUUAUAACAUCAUUCUGUUUGUUUGUUUGUUGGUUUGUUUACUUGCUUUUCUGUGUGUGAGACAUAGUGCAGCCUUCUCAUGAAUGUUUAUUUGAUUCUAGGUGACACUUAAUAAUAACGUUCAUUAACAAACAUUAAUGUAUAUACUGUAUGUAUGGCAUAUAAUAUACUUUGCAACGUUUAUUCAAUGUAAAUAUAAUAUAUUCUGAAUGUUUCAUGACAUUUCUUACUAUUUGAAUGUAUAUAAAGUAAUGAUCUUUUAUAAUGUAAUAGUGUUGGUAGUGAAAGUUAUUAUAAAGUGUUACCUAUAUUUGAAUAUAAGAAAGUAUUGAUCAUUUUGUCAUGUUAUGCAAUGAUAUAAUGGAACAGUGGUUACACUCUGUCACGUUCCUCACAAAAUUAUGUGCAGGAAUGUAUUUUCUACAUCGCAGUUAAAUGCAUUUGCGACUCAAUGUGAUGACAAGCACAAUUAGAAAACAGUCAUGAAAAUAAUUUAAAUAAAGUAUACA